GGGAUCGCUCGCGUCCAGGGAAGAUGCCUAUGUUCCAACGAACACCGUGCUACCUUCUUGGAUUUUUCCGUUUAGUCUGCUUGAUUGCCAGAAGUAAGCCAGUGUAUGUUGAUGCACCACUCUUGUUCACAAAAUAGAUGAGUUAGAGUACGCUAAUGCUUGUUCUGUGCUGGCUGUCUUUAGAAUCUUCUUGCCUCGGUCUGUUUCUUUCGACGUGGAAAUUUUGACGCUAGGUAGCGGGUUGCAUUUUGCAUUUCUUCUAGAUCUUGGAAGUAGUAUCGCCUUUCCUGGAAUAAAGAGAAUUCUACCUCAUCACACACUUACACAAUUCAGCGCGUAGAUGAUGUUUCAUCAAAAAUAAACUUCGGUGUAGUUGUGGAAGAUUAGAAUGGGAACUUUGAGUAUGGUGCCUCGAAAGAGUAAGAGCCGUGGCCGUAGCAAGUCUCAAGGCAAGCGAAGCAGUUCGAAAAAGCGUGGAUCCUCCAAUGUAAAGGCGGCUUCGUCAAGCAAGCGGCGCGCUAGUCGCAGUGCUGCCGCGAGUAAAAGCGCUUCUUCGACGAGCAAAGCAGGCAGAGCGUCGUCAGUGCCGUCUAUCGCCGAAGAUGAUGUCACGCUCACAAGAGCACCGAUCACCACUCUCUACUACUUCAGCUGGUCCGCGUAUGAAACCGUGGUAGCACUCUUAGCCGAUUUCGUGCGGAGCAAAUUCUUCCAAUUCCUGCUGUUAAGGCCAUCGCAAUUCAAGAUUUGUUUUCUUAGCCAAUAGUAAGAGGAGUGUGGGUAGUCCUGGUCCUAUGUAGAUAUUUUCAAAGUGAAAGGAUUUCUCCUGAUAAAUUGUGAUUGAUUGGGUUUACUUAAUGGGAUGAAUGAAUCAAUCUCUUGCAAUUUUUUACUUACAACAUACUAGCGCUAAUCCAUUUACCGUGUAUCCUGGCAUACGGAGCCUCACUGUAUUUGUUCGCAGACCUCUAUGCAUCGCCGAAGAUAUGUUCCCGAAAAUGUCCGGCAAAGAGCAGCUGCACUGCAGCAGACUUCGACGGGGGAAUCCUCUGGCAGAUCGAGUUAGUGGGUUUAGAAAUCGCGUGGUGGGUCCUUUUGGGUAUCCUCUCCUCUGUCGGCUUCGGCACCGGCCUGCAUUCCGGGAUUAUGUUUCUUUUCCCGCACAUUAUGCAGGUACCUUUGAAGUAGUAGAGGAGCCUUGAUUUAACAUUUGAUACCUUACUUGAUUAAAGUUGAUGAGUUAUGUUGUCUACGAUUACAUCAGCUGCUCUGUGGAAAAUUUCAUCCUGUGUCAGUGUCCCUUUAAGACGUUUUUUGAUGCAUGGGCGUACCGACGCACCUCAGGUCGUCUUUGCGUGUGAAAGCUGCUCUCUGGACGGUAUGAAAACCAUGUAUUUACAUCCCUGCAAAUUCGAAUGCGUGACUCCUCUUGAAGCUGGCCAAGAAAGCCCAGCGACAUUUUUCGACCUUUGGUUGCGUUGCGCUCUCCCACUCAUGGCCUGGGGCUUCGGAACGGCAAUAGGCGAGCUUCCACCGUAUUUUCUUAGGAUAGGAUUUGUUUCUUGUUUGAGACACGAAGAUGGAGGUCAUCAUGAUCUUGAAGUAAAACCAUAAUGAUGCAAGCAAUGAUGCAUGGCAGAAAAGAUGUAGUCAUGAUUUCCAUGACCUCGUCGACUUGAUGGUACUUCGUUUGUGUCAUUCUUCAGUAAGCAUCCGUGGAGACGAUAAUCAUUGUUCGACCUUCUCGAGCAGGUACUUCAUUUCCCGAACGGCGAGCCGAACACAGGGCAAGCGGGAUGAGGAGUUUGAAAAGGAGCUCCAAGAGUCGAAGGAAGGCACCGACGCUUUCUCAAAGAUGAAGAAAAUGACGGUCGAUUUUACAGAGAGAUAUGGCUUUUGGGGAGUCUUUCUUCUAGCAUCUUGGCCAAACGCAGCAUUCGACAUGUGUGGAAUGUGCUGUGGGUACUAAGCUUCCUAAUCAAGUCCCUGACCAAAUGACUCAUCAAGUUUUCCUUUAUUUCAUUUACCCUCCUGAAAAUCCUGAUGUGGCUCCUGCAGCUAAAAAUAAAAUGUUGGCGGGCAUUCCUUUUUUUUCCCCAAUUACCUUUUGUGGACCGGCGCGCGCCGACAACUUGGAAUUGUAUUACUCUUAGGUACCUGGACAUGCCAUUCUGGACGUUCUUCAUUGCGACAGCCCUGGGCAAGGGAGUAGUGAAAGUGAACGGACAGGCGAUCUUUUUUAUUUGCCUUUUUGGUGGAGCUUUCUUCAAAGCAGUGCUGGUUCCAGUAGCUCAUGGCGCAGAGAAGGUACUGAAGGCGCUUUCAGGUGUUCUCCCGGCGUCGGCUGCAAACUUGGACGUGGCGGAAUUUUUGACGAAGCAGCGCAAGAAAAUUAUCGGAAAAUUUCACAAAGAGGGAAGAUUUAGCUUCGCCGAGGCAACAGGUACUACUUUGAUGUGGCUAGUACAGCUCACUCGUGCUUGGUGGUCUCAAAUAGUCAAUUGCGAGUGAGUGGAUAUUUCACAACACCAUUGCUUUCCAUUCUAACCCAGCACCCUAUCGAUCAUCAUUAUGAAGUCCCAGCUCAUAUCCUUCCAGUUUACAUUUUGUUUUUCUGUAACCACUAUCUAGGUGGCGCGGCGCUGUUAACGAAGCCAGCACUGCUGAAGCUGUAUAAGAGCUUCGACGACAAAAAGGAGAUUGUCGAACGCAUCUUCACUACUUUUGUUAAGGCUACAACUUUUCUUUGAUGAUGCUGUCACUGUCUUCCCUGUCUUUACCAAGUUGUUACCAAGUUAUAACUGGGACUCAAUGAGAGAGGACGUCAACAAGAAUAGGCAAGGGAUUGAUACUUGCGGCUCACAGCAUAGGAUGAGAAGUGAAAAAAUCAUUAAUUUGCUCUAAUUUAGACGCAAACAAGGACGGCAAAUUAAGCGAGGUGGAGCUGGCCGAGACGAUAAGCGGAACGGACGGCAAAUUUUCAUUGGGGACGCUGGAUCCGGACGGAGCCAGCGAUGGCAUAGUAAAGAUGGCAUGGGACGCUUUUUUAGCGGGCGUCAUCAUCUUUUUCUUCGUGUCCAUCAUCAAUCAGAUGGCACUGAGUAAAGUAGUCGAGCUACAAAAGAAAGGAAAGUAAUAGGUAGUAUGUAGGAGAAACGCGAUCCCGUUGAUUUGUCAUGAUAUAAAUAUUUAUGAGGAGCUCCAAAGAGGGGUCCGAGUUACAUAGCUGAUUUCUUCUGGUUUCUAAUUUCUUCCAUUAUCAUCAUCAUUCAGAAUUUCAAUUUUGGUGUCUAACUACUAGAUAUGCAGCUGAUGUAGAAGUUGUUUGAUUUCGUUAGGUAAUAAGUGCGUCUUUGACAGACGUUGAGGACAAAUAUUCUGGUUUCUUUUCGAAUGAGUGGGCUGAAUGUGUCCGAAACAGAGUAAAGAUUCUCACACUUCCGAAGAUACCCCAAAGGCCAUGAUGAGUACUUAAACCCGUCCCUCCUCUCAUAUUUAUCAUAUCUCUCCCCUCAUAAUUGCGACACGAAUUCAUCGAGCAACACCAUUUUCUUUCAUUCAUUCUAGUAGAUCGUUUCUAUCAAGAUGCUCCCUCGUGUCUUUUCCAUGUCUUCAACAUCCGUCGUCGUUUUUUGCACUAGGUGCAAUACCAGAUCUAACGAAUCUCAUACAACAUCAUUGUAUUGAUUGCGGCGCCGAACUUGAGAUCUUCUGAAGAAAGACGAUCAAAAAGUG